AUGACCUGCUUGCUUGCCUUAUUGAUUAUAAUGCAGUGGCAAUACAGUGCUACACUAUUCCCCCCAGAGGUCAGAAUUGCUCUGCUCAGUCAUGUACAUGUCCCCAUUGUGGUGGCUCCCAAAGGAGCUGCCUAUAAUAAGCUCGAAUGUGAGGUAACAGUUCUCAGAUUUAAGCUAGGCCUCUUCAUGAGGCCAAACAGGAAAGCAUGGUAUCAAAAUGCAGAAUCUAGAAUGACCUUUGCUGACUUAACCCCUUGGAUCCGGAUAGUUGAUUGUCAGGAUUUGAAAUGGGCAACUGAAGCUGAAUUUUUCUUAAGAUUAGUACUACCAUUUCUUUUACUAGUGAAGGAUAUUCUUAGAGAUUUAUUACAUUUAUCUCUCAUACCAAUAUUUCAGGGCAUGGUAGCAAAUGAGACUCUUGGUUACUACAUGGCUCGCAUUUAUCAGUACCUCCUGAAGAUUGGUAUCAACCCCAAGAAACUUAGAUUCAGACAGCAUCUAAGCAAUGAAAUGGCACAUUAUGCCUGUGACUGUUGGGAUGCAGAGUGCCUUACUUCAUACGGCUGGAUUGAGUGUGUGGGCUGUGCUGAUAGAAGUGCAUAUGAUCUUGGCCAACAUACUAAAGCAUCAGGUGUAAGGUUAAGUGUUGAGAGACCCUUGAAGGAGCCUCGCAUUGUGGAUGCAGUUGCAGCUGUACCAGACAAGGGAAUCAUUGGAAAGACUUUCAAGAAGGAUGCGAAAGCAGUCCAAGAAGCUCUGGCCUCGCUUUCAAACGAAGUGGCUGAGAAGAUGGACAAAGCUCUAAGUGAAGCUGGGGAAUAUGAAUUGAAUGGCUUCAAGUUGACAAGAGCUAUGGUACCUAGCUUUAAGAGAGAACAGAAGAAGGUCCAUGUGGAAGAAUAUAUCCCAAGUGUUGUUGAGCCUUCCUUUGGUGUGGGCAGAGUCCUGUAUAGCCUUCUGGAGCAUUCCUUCAGAGUAAGAGAAGAUGAUGACAAGAGGACCUACUUUUCACUGCCACCUAUUGUUGCACCUGUUAAAGUGUCUGUUCUGCCUCUCUCAAAUAAGCCUGAGUUUAUUCCCUUCACAGUCCAGCUAUCAAAUGACCUGACUGAACUAAAUAUCUCAUCAAGAAUUGAUGAUUCUACUGGAUCCAUUGGUCGUAGAUAUGCUCGAACAGACGAGAUUGCCAUUCCUUUUGGAGUUACCAUUGACUUCGAUACCUGUAAUAACACACCAAACACAGUAACAUUACGGGAAAGAGACAGCACUGAGCAAGUCCGCAUGCCGGUAAGCAUUAAUCUAAAUAUUGCAAGAUUAUUAGUUAGUACCAUUUGUGUAUCCAGUUUUCUUCUCCUACUUCUCCUCUAUAUCUUUUAUUCUGUCAAUAAUAUAACCUAAUCACAUUGAGAUGAU